AUGUCUCAAGAUUAUCUCACUCCGUCAACAUUACCACACCCUCCUUUAAAGAGAACCAACACAGGGUUCACUCCUAACCAAAUUAUUGCAUUGGAUGCCGAAAUUCCCGCAUCAGCAAAGGAAACAUGGUUCAGAUACUCUCAAUUGGAUAUAUUGGACUCAAAUUAUAGAGGACCACGUAACAAGACUGAUAAUGUCCACACAAUUGUUGAUAACCCUGAUAAAUUUGAAAAGGAGUUUGUCAACCAUGUUGAAAUGUCAUUGGGGAGAUCCAUGUACAAUUGUGAUGACUUGGCUGCUUAUCAAGCUGCUGCAAACACUGUUAGAGAUGCAUUGGUGAUUGAUUGGUCCAAUACUCAACAAAGACAAACUGUUCAGGAUGGAAAAAGAGUUUACUACUUGUCGUUGGAAUUUUUAAUGGGAAGGGCUAUGGAUAAUGCAUUGAUUAACUUGAAAUGUGAGAAAAACACCAAAAAUUCGUUGAACGACUUGGGUUUCAGCUUGGAAGACGUUUUAGAACAAGAACCAGAUGCCGGUUUGGGAAACGGUGGUUUAGGUAGAUUGGCUGCUUGUUUUGUUGACUCUUUGUCAUCGAAAAACUACUCUGGUUGGGGUUAUGGUCUUAACUACCAGUAUGGUAUUUUUAAACAAAAAAUUAUCGAUAGUUACCAGGUUGAGACUCCAGAUUAUUGGUUGAGAUAUACCAAUCCAUGGGUUUUAGACAGACACGAAAUUCGUAUCCCUGUUGACUUUUAUGGAUAUGUGUACCAAGAACAAGACCCAAACACUGGUAAAGUUAAAAAGAGUUGGAGUGGUGGUGAAAGAAUUUUGGCUGUUCCUGCAGACUUUCCUGUUCCUGGAUACAACACCGACAACACCAACAAUUUAAGAUUGUGGAAUGCUAAACCAACCCAUGAAUUUGAUUUCACCAAGUUUAAUGCGGGUGAUUAUCAGCAAUCUGUUGCAGCUCAACAAAGAGCAGAAGCUAUCACUGCCGUGCUUUAUCCAAAUGAUAACUUUGAACAAGGUAAAGAAUUGAGAUUGAAGCAACAAUAUUUCUGGGUUGCGGCAUCAUUGCACGAUAUCGUUCGUAGAUUCAAAAAGAAUCACAAAACCAAUUGGAAGAAAUUCCCUGAUCAAGUUGCUAUUCAAUUGAAUGACACCCAUCCAACAUUGGCAAUUGUUGAAUUGCAAAGAAUUUUGGUUGAUUUGGAAGGGUUGGAGUGGGACUAUGCGUGGUCAAUAGUUACCAAGGUUUUUGCUUAUACCAACCAUACAGUUUUGGCUGAAGCUUUGGAAAAAUGGCCGGUUGACGUGAUUGGUCAUUUGCUUCCAAGACAUUUGGAAAUAAUCUAUGAUAUUAACUACUUCUUCUUAAAGUCUGUUGAGCACAGAUUUCCAGAUGAUCGUGAUUUGUUGCGAAGAGCUUCCAUCAUUGAGGAGGGAUAUCCUAAAUCAGUGAGAAUGGCAUACUUGGCAAUCAUUGGAUCCCACAAGGUCAAUGGUGUGGCUGAAUUGCACUCAGAAUUGAUUAAAACCACCAUUUUCAAAGAUUUCGUCAAGAUAUUUGGACCUGAUAAGUUUACCAAUGUCACAAAUGGUAUCACCCCAAGACGUUGGUUGAGACAAGCUAACCCUGAAUUGGCUGCAUUGAUUGCGAAGAAAUUGGAUGAUCCGAAUUACGAAUAUUUGACAAACUUGGGAAGAUUAAAGAAAUUGGAACAGUUUAUUGACGAUGAAAAGUUUUUGAGAGAAUGGGAUGCUAUCAAGUUUAACAAUAAACGUAGGUUGGCUGCUUUGAUUAAACAAGAGACUAACGUCGAUGUUGAUCCAACUUUACUUUUUGAUGUUCAAGUCAAGAGAAUUCACGAAUACAAGAGACAGCAAAUGAAUAUCUUUUCAGUCAUUUAUAGAUAUUUGCACAUUAAAGAGUUGAUUGCCAAGGGUGUUUCUAUCGAUACAAUCAAGGAAAAGUACUAUAUUUCAAAAGCUUCCAUUUUUGGAGGUAAAGCUGCACCAGGUUACUACAUGGCUAAGACCAUCAUUCAUUUGAUUUGUAAAGUGGGUGAAGUUGUCAAUAACGAUACUGAAAUUGGUAAUCUUUUGAAAGUGGUAUUCAUCCCAGAUUACAAUGUCUCUAAGGCCGAGAUUAUUUGCCCUGGUUCUGAUCUAUCAAAUCACAUUUCUACUGCAGGUACAGAAGCUUCAGGAACUUCUAAUAUGAAAUUUGCCUUGAAUGGUGGGUUAAUCAUUGGUACCGUUGAUGGAGCCAAUGUUGAAAUCACUCGUGAAAUUGGUGAAGAAAACAUUUUCCUUUUUGGUAAUUUGGCUGAAUCAGUUGAUGAGAUCAGACACAAACAUUUUGUUGAUGGUGUUAAUAUUCCUGAAACUUUACAAAAAGUAUUUGAUGCUGUCCAAAAUGGACAAUUUGGUAAUCCUGAUGAUUUCAAACCUUUGAUUGAAAGUAUUAGAGAUCAUGGAGAUAAUUACCUUGUUUCUGAUGAUUUUGACUUGUACUUGGAUGCCCAGAGAAAAGUUGAAAAUGUAUUUGGUCAUCAUGGUGCUGAUGCUGAAGAUGAAGAUCAUUUGAAGAGAUGGGUUAGAAAAUCGGUUUGGAGUGUUGCCAAUAUGGGGUUCUUUUCCAGUGAUAGAUGUAUUGACGAAUAUGCUGAGAAUAUCUGGAAUAUAGAGCCAUCUAAUAUUUAG